AUGAUUCCACCGUUGGUUCUUGAUAUUCAACCACAUCAUAAAAUCUUAGAUAUGUGUGCUGCACCUGGUUCGAAAACUGCUCAAAUAAUUGAAUGUCUUCAUCGUGAUGAAUCAAAUCCAAUUCCAAGUGGUUUUGUUAUUGCUAAUGAUGUUGAUAAUAAACGAUGUUAUACACUUGUUCAUCAAGUUAAACGAUUAGAAAGCCCAUGUUUUGCUAUUAUAAAUCAUGAUGCAUCAAAUUUACCGAAUUUAAAAUUCCGUGAUGGAAAUAUAUCAUUUGAUCGUAUUCUAUGUGAUGUUCCAUGUUCUGGUGAUGGAACACUUCGAAAAAAUCCUGAUCUAUGGAAAAAAUGGAAUCCUGGACAUGCGUUUAGUUUACAAUCAAUACAAUUACGUAUUGCAACACGUGGUAUACAACUUCUUGCACCCGGUGGUCUCAUGGUUUAUUCAACUUGUUCAAUGAAUCCUAUUGAAAAUGAAGCUGUUGUUAGUCAAUUAUUACAAACAUUUCAAGGUCAAAUUUCACUUGUGAAUAUUAGUGAUAAAUUACCAGGUUUACGAACUAUACCUGGCUUAAAAAGUUGGUGUGUCAUAGGAAAAAAUCAAGAUAUUUAUAAUUCAUUUGAAGAAGUACCAAAAAAUAUGCAAUCAUUAGCUCGACCAAAUAUGUUUGCACCUUCAAAUGAUAUUCUAGAACAAUUACAUCUUGAACGAUGUAUUCGUGUACUACCACAUCAUCAAGAUACGGAAGAAACAUCUCAAAAACGUCCAGCAGAAGAAAAUGUAUUCAACGAAGAUGGAGCUAAUUUCAAACGUGCUCGAUAUCAUCGUGAAAAUCCAUUUAUUUUCUUUGAAGAAAAAGAUAUAAAGGGAUUUUGGCAAGAAAUUAGUGAAUUCUUUGGUGUUGAUCCAUCAUUUCCAGCAGACCAAUUAAUGACAAGAAUUGCAAGUGAUAGUGGUCGAAAUAUUUAUUUCGUAUCCGAUAGUCUUAAAGAAAUUGUUACAUUAAAUCAAGAUCGUAUUAAAUUUAUUAAUAUGGGUGUUCGUUUACUUGUUCGAACUGAUUUACGUAAUGAUAAAGAUAAGCGUUCAUUAAGACUUUCACAAGAAGGCAUUGCAAUUAUUAAUAAAUAUUUUUCCAAACGACGUAUUCAAUUAGAACAACAAGAUCUAUUAAUAUUAUUAUCACAUGCUCAUACACAAUUUGCUAAUCUAUCACAAUCAGUACAAAAUCAAAUACAAAAUAUAUCCAAUGAUUUAGGCAGUGUAAUUUGUUUAUUUAACAUCAAACAACAUGAUCUUGAUAUACCAAUUAUAUUUGUUUCAUGGCGUGGUCGUAGUUCAUUCCGACCAUUUGUAAGUCAUUCAUCAAGAAAAUUUUAUUUAUCAUUAUGUAAUAUCGAUCAAAUGACAAUUAAUGAUAUUAUUAAUAAAUUAACAAUUGAAGAAAAAACAAGCAAUCAAAAAAAUGAUGUUUCAUGA